AUGGGAUUAGUCGCCGCCGCCGUUCCAGUUUUCGACGCCCUCGCCUCUGUAUCUGUAGUCUGUACUCUGUUCGUCUCUUGCCCUUCUCGCCCAGUCGCCUCGCUUCCUUCUCGCCUGUCCUGCUUGGCUGCUUCUCGCCGACGCCCAGUUGCCUCGCCUCUUGCUCUACGCGGCUGCGCCUCUGCCUCUGCUCGGCUGCUCCCAGGACGUAGGCCUGCUGCUCUUGAGUUCGCGAUCAGACGAUUUGAUUCACAUAUUCAGGCAGCAGCUAUGAAGAGAAAAGCAGGGCCAAACACCACUAAGCUUAAUGCUUUUUUUAAGCCAAUUGCUUCAAGUUCUCAACCUACUAAAAUCGUUAUUGAGGCGGAUGUGCAAGAUACAAAUCCGAGUCCAGUUAACACUUCUGAUCAGGAUAUGCCGGACAUUGUAAAUGUUGCAGAACAAGCAGAAGUUAUAACCACACCUUAUCAGAGAGACCCUGGUAAACGUUGUCAAAUUUGGGAGCUCCCACCGGACAAGCAAGAUGAUGCUCGGCAUUUUUAUAUAUCCAAGGGAGCAUAUCGACCAGAGUUGGAAGAAUACCCAUUUGAUGAAAAGUCUAAACACCAUCGUCGAUUUCAAAAAGAUUGGUACACAAAUUUAUGGUGGCUUGAGUAUUCAACACACACUGACAGCGCAUAUUGUUUGCCGUGCUUUCUUUUCUCAAAAAAACCUGUUGGGAGAUGUGGGUCUGAUACAUUCUCCGUCAAGGGUUUUCGAAACUGGAAAAAGAUUAACGAUGGAAAAGCGUGUGCUUUUUUAACUCAUGUUGGGGGCCCGAACUCUGCUCACAACUAUUCAGCUCGGUGCUAUGAAGAUCUCAAGACCAGUAUGGCCCAUAUCGACAAGGUGAUGGAAAAGAAAAAUGAGAAAGUAGCUACUGCUGCGAGAUUGAGGCUUAAGACUACCAUCGAUGUCAUGAGGUGGCUGAUAUUCCAAGCUUGUUCUUUUAGAGGUCAUGAUGAAUCUGCGGGGUCUAAGAACCAAGGGAAUUUUCUUGAAAUGCUUAAGAUUCUUGCAUCGUACAAUAAGGAUGUUGCAGGAGUUGUUCUGGAAAAUGCCCCAGGUAAUGCAAAGUAUACAUCCGGAGAAGUUCAGAAAGAGAUUGUUGGCAUACUUGCUCUAGAAGUGCAAAAGGCAAUUAGAGAAGAAAUAGGUAAUGCCAAGUUCUGUAUAAUGGUUGAUGAAGCUCGGGAUGAAUCAAAAAAAGAACAAAUGGCAGUUGUUCUUCGGUUUGCCAACAAAGAAGCAGAAAUAAUUGAGCGUUUCCUUGAUCUAGUUCAUGUUAAUGACACUGCUGCCUUAACUUUGAAAAAUGCAAUCUGUACUGUACUGUCAGAUAAUAAUUUGAACGUACAAGACAUCAGGGGCCAAGCAUAUGACGGUGCAAGUAAUAUGAGAGGGGAAUGGAAUGGAUUGAAGGCUCUUAUUCUCCGUGAGUGUCCGUAUGCCUACUAUAUUCAUUGUAUGGCUCAUCAAUUACAACUGGCGCUUGUUGCUGCAUCACGAGAGGUACAUGAGGUACAUAACUUCUUUCAGAAUGCAAAUUUUGUAAUAAAUGUCGUUAGUGCUUCUACAAAGCGCAGUGAUGAGCUACUAGCGAACCAAGCGGAGGAAAUUGCUCGUGAAAUUGAGUUGGGAGAGCUUGAUACAGGCAGAGGGCAAAACCAAAUAGGAACCUUACAGAGACCAGGAGACACAAGAUGGAGUUCACACUAUAAGUCCAUACGGAGCUUAAAGAAGAUGUUUGCUGCUACAGUUGCCGUCUUAAGAGGUAUAGCAAGUGACCGUUCAGUCUCAAAAUAUUCUCGUGGUGAUGCCGUUGGAUCCCUGAAAAUUGUCCUAUCAUUUGAUUUCGUGUUCAUUCUACAUCUGAUGGAAAAAGAUUAUGAAGAUCACUGAUGUGUUGUGUCAGAAACUCCAAUACAAAUCUUUGGAUAUUUUAAAUGCCAUGGAUUCUGUUUCUAACACAAAGGUCCUACUUGGUGAGCUAAGGGAACAUGGUUGGGAAUCUCUUUUAGAGGAGGUCAAAUCUUUUUGCGUGAAGCAUGAGAUUGAUAUCCCAGAUUUGGACCGCAAGUAUGUUGAUGUUACCAAAUCUCGGAAUAAGCAUGACAACACAACAACGCUCCACCACUACAAAAUUGAUGUUUUCAGUGUUGCAAUUGAUCAACAAUUGAGUGAACUGAAUGAUAGAUUCAGUACACAAGCAACUGAGCUCCUUACUCUCUGUUCAUCAUUGGAUCCAAGGCAUGAAUCUUUUGAUAUCCCAAAGAUAAGCACUCUUGCAGAAAAAUUCUAUCCCGCUGAUUUUUCAAGUCAAGAAUUAGCCCAGUUGGAAAGUCAGCUACCUCAUUUUCAGCUAGAUGUGUGCAACCAUCCAGAACUGAUGACCUUGCCAUCUAUUGCUGAUUUAACAAAAGGACUAGUUAAAACAGGAAAAGCUUCUUCAUAUCCAAUGGUUGACAGGUUGUUGCGACUAGUUAUCACUCUCCCAGUCUCAACGGCAACUGCAGAGCGGGCUUUUUCGGCUAUGAAAAUUUUCAAGACACGUCUUCGAAGUAAAAUGGGAGAUGAUUUGCUUCGCCAUUGCAUGAUAAUUUACAUAGAAAAAAAUUAGCAGCUAAGAUAUCUUCUGAUGAAAUUAUUAAUAUUUUCGAUCUUAUUGGC